AUGUCUGAAAACAUGGAGCAAUUCGUUGAGCUGCCAGUCUCUCCUCUUAUUCCGUCACUUCCAGACGAUGUUACGCUUGACAUCGUAGCUCGUGUGCCAAGAAGCCAUUACCCGACACUCUCCCUCGUCUCCAAGAAGUUCAGGAAACUCAUUGCCUCUCCUAAGCUCUACAAGAGGCGAUCUCAGCUAGGAAUCACCCAACACCGUGUCUACGCUAUUCUCCGCAACCAUGACACGGGUGACUGGCGUUUCUACAUCCUUCACCGGAAAAUCAACUCUAGAAACCGCUUGGUGGUUUCUUGA